AGACAGAACAGAAGAAAGCUGUCAAGCGGCGAGGAGGCAGCCGACGGAGGCCACUUUUCUUGGAAUACGUUUCCUCCGAAGCCCACACACACACCCAGGUUAACGCUGUGUGUGUGUGUGUGUAUGUGUGUGUUGACGUGGACCCGGACCCUUCAGACUCAGCAUCUUCCACUGAAACUGGACUCAGACUGUUUUGGACUUUUUUAAGAGUGUGUUUCCAUCUGUGGGACUGAGCAUCACACACCUGUUUUCCACCCCUGAUUCCUGCAGAUUUUUGGGACUUACACACACACACACACUCGGACCACGAGGAUGUGCCGGUUCCCGACGGCGGUCCUGAUCCUGGCCCACUUCGGGACCACCUUAACAGGAGCGUGGAGAGCAUCUCAGCCCAGGCUGCAGUUCAGCCACUCCGAGCUGAUCCAGAACGGGCGCCUGCUGACGCUGCCCCUAGUGGCCGGAGACCUGCACUCCCUGAUGCCCGACGAAGACGGGAGGCGUCUGUACGUGGCCAUGAAAGACAACCUGCUGUCCACCAGCCUGGACGACAUCACACAGAACCCACGCAAGCUCUACUGGCCGGCGAGUCCGGACCGGGUCCAGGAGUGCCUCAUGGCUGGGAAGGAUCCAGAGGUGGAAUGUGCCAACUUCCUGCGCGUCCUGCAGCCUUUUAACCAGACUCACCUGUACGUUUGUGGAACCGGAGCCUUUAACCCUCGCUGUGCAUUCAUAUCCACCAGCGUCUUCCAACAGUCGGACCACCAGGUUCUGUCCUACAGUCAGACCGAGUGCGGAAAAGGCAAAUGUCCUUACGAUCCCUUCCAGAAAACGGCCUCUGCUGUCGUCGACGGAGAGCUGUACGCCGGCAUCACGUCGGACUUCAUGAGCCGGGACUCCGCCUUCUUCCGUAGCCUGGGCAACCGUCACGUCAUCCGGACCGAGCAGUACGACUCCAACUGGCUGCAGGAUGCCCAGUUCGUGCGGGUAGCGCCGCUGUCUGAGACUGAUAACCCAGAGGAUGAUAAGGUCUACGUGUUCUUCACUGAGCGCGCUCAGGAGGCAGAGGGGGCUGCUGGGAAGGUGCUGUACUCCAGAGUGGCGCGCGUUUGCAAGAACGACAUCGGGGGCCAGAGGAGUUUAGUGAAUAAGUGGAGUACCUUCCAGAAGGCCCGUCUGGUGUGUUCGGUCCCGGGUCCAGACGGACUGCAGACACAUUUUGACCAGCUGCAGGACAUCUUCAUCCUCCAUGGAAAAGACAAGAAGAACCCUCUGAUCUACGGCCUGUUCACCACGUCCAGCGAUAUUCUGAACGGGUCGGCCGUCUGCGUUUACAGAAUGGAGGAUGUGGUUCGAGCCUUCAAGGGCGACUUCCUGCACAAAGAGGGGCCUCAGUACAAAUGGGCCGAGUUUACAGGCAAAGUGCCCUACCCACGGCCGGGAACCUGUCCCAGUAGUACAUAUGGAAGCUACAGCUCCACCAGAGAAUAUCCAGACGACGUCAUCUUCUUUAGCAGGACUCACCCUCUGCUGCAGGAGAAUGUGCUGCCGCUGGGAGAGCGCCCCCUCCUGGUCCGAGUGGGGGUCCAUUAUAAGUUCAGUAAACUGUUGGUGGACAGAGUGGAAGCUGUGGACGGAACCUACGACGUCCUGUUCAUCGGCACAGACUCGGGGCUGGUGCUGAAGGCCAUCCAUCUGACCAGAGAACACGGUCAGAGUCAGGAGGUCACUCUGGAACAGCUGCAGGUCUUCCAGCAUAAAUCACCGGUGACAGCCAUGACGCUCUCAAAGAAAAAGUGGUUGUUCGUGGGCUCCAGGGAGGGUGUGUCCCAGUUGGCCCUGUACCAGUGUGAGUUGUACGGUCAGGCGUGUGCCGAGUGCUGCCUGGCCAGAGACCCAUACUGCACCUGGGACGGCCACGCCUGCAGCCCCUACAUGCCCACAGUACGCAGGAGGAACGCUCGUCAUUUAGGGGAGGAUGAAGAUCCGCUGACUCAGUGCGUCCGACAGGGAGCCGGUCUGCAGGUGGAGGCGGAGCAGAGGGUGAUGAUGGUCGCUGAGGGUAACAGCACCUACCUGGAGUGUCUGCCCCGGUCCAGACACGCCGCCGUCACCUGGUACAAACAGGCCGGAGAGAACAGCCCGGAACUCAACCAGGUGGUGUCAGGUGACCAGGUGGUCGUCAUCGAACGGGGCGUCCUGAUUCGCCGGGCCGAGCUGUCCCACGGCGGCACGUACCACUGCCAGGUGGAGGAGCACGGCUACCACUGGACCGCUGUCACCGUCCGCCUCGCCGUCUGGAGCCCCUCCUCCAACCGCCUGCUGGCCUAUCAGAGCGCCGGCGCCCAGCCCUGGUACGAGGACGUGAUGGCGCUGAUCCACCCGGCCAACCUGGGCCAGCACUGCAGAGCCCUGGGGUACCGCCCACCACGCAACCACCGCCGCCACGGAGACGCCAUGACCACGCCCAACAAGGAGAGAGAGAGGGGCGAGAGGCACAAGCACGGAGGAGGAAGAGGAGGAGGAGGAGGAGGAGGAGGGAGGGCAGCGGGGAGGAAGAGCAGGAGCAAGCCACAGCAGAGGGCGCCACGGAGCACCUGAACGCACCACGAAACACACAUUUACAUCAUACACACACACACACACACACACACACUUAACUUAUACACUGAGACACACACACACUGUAUGUACAGAGACUACGACACGCGCAUGCACUUCUAUUCAAUCUAGACGAUGACGUGAAACUUAAGCUACGCAAACACCUGAAGUCUGAGCAGAACGAGUCCGAGCAUCAACCAGUGAAAGAGCCAAUCCAGUCACAGCGUAGUCAACCUGAAACUAGGGCUGCAUCAUGACCGCGCAUUAGACAGACGGCUUUGGACUGGUUCAUGGUCGCAGGUAAAACAAAAAAAACAAACAAACAAAAACAACAGCGGAGACAGAUUUUUGCAUGUGAGCACCGACUGUAAAUGAAUUUCAAAGCCUGGACUGUCACUGGUCCAUGUGUCACAUCCUGUCGUCUGGAAAUCCACUUUACAAAAAAUAUGAAUCUGACCAAGUGUACUUUUGUCAUUUCUAGUCCAAAUGUCUAAUCACACUUAAAAUCAGACAGAAUCACCUCAAGAGGAACUUUUAGAAGAGGACUUUUAGACAAUAGAUCUGGAAAAUCUGAUUUCAACAAAUCUGAGCAAGAUAAUUUUCACUGCUUCCAUUGGCAGAAUUUGAGAAUUUUUUUUUUUGCUUAAUUCU